GUCGGGGCCCAUGUGUCUGCUGUCGGUGGGGUUGAGAAUGCAAUUGUGAACGCCCGUGCUAUUGGCGCCAACGCUUUUGCGCUGUUCAUCAAAUCGCAGCGAAAGUGGACAUCACCACCCUUGUCAGAGGAAUCUAUAGCUUCAUUCAAGAAACGUAUGAAGGAAUAUGGGUAUAGUCCCAACGUCGUGUUGCCACAUGGCAGCUACCUAAUAAAUCUGGGGAACCCAGACGCUGACAAGAGGAAGAAGUCGUAUGAUUGCUUUCUUGAUGAUUUGAAGCGGUGUGAACAGCUUGGAUUGACGCUGUACAAUUUCCACCCUGGGUCCACUGUCGGUGAUUGCUCCACCGACGAAUCCCUCUCACUUAUUGCGGAAUGCAUCAACCAAGCCCACAAAGAAACCGCCUUUGUAACCACUGUUCUGGAGAACAUGGCAGGUGCUGGGAACAUCAUCGGAGGCGACUUUGCUCAUCUCGCUGGCAUCAUUGAACGGGUAGAAGAUAAAACUAGGGUCGGAGUAUGUCUUGACACCUGUCAUUCAUUCGCUGCAGGAUACGACAUCCGAACGAAAGAAGGCUGGGAGUCAACAUUAACCAAGUUCGAUAGCCAAGUCGGCCUGUCCUACUUACGCGGAAUGCACCUCAACGAUUCCAAAACCGAAUUCAACUCCAAACGUGAUAGGCAUGAGAAUAUCGGGCUCGGACAUCUAGGCAUUCCAGCAUUCCAACACAUCCUCAACGACCCACGCGUCCAAAACAUCCCCUUGAUCCUCGAAACACCCAGCUUCGAGAAGCCAGCGGAGGUGUGGGGCAAGGAGAUCGAGGUACUCAUGAAGCUUUCUGGCUCGUCGGGAAAUCUAGAGGAAGGCCAGGGUCCAUCGAAGAAACUGGAGGAAGGUGGAUCAGCA